UUACAUUUGGUGCAUCAUUAUUUGCAAAAAUGGUGCCUACAUACAUUUUCGCUGUCCUUAUUUUCGUUAGCUGUGUUUUGUGUGAAAAUUGUGUUAUCUACAACUUUGAAGAUGAUUUGGCCAACAACUUCACUUCACAUGAAGUGUGCAACCAGCAACCGUGGGAGCGCAAACUGUACCCAAGCGGUGAAGUGAAUAGUCCACAUAUUAAAAGCACUGCCUUUAUAACUCCAAGUACCGUUCUCAGCUGCAUGACGUCAUCCUUAUUUGCGAUGCAUAAAGAUGGUGUAUUCGAAUUUAACGUAUACACUUCUCUCACAUUGGAUACUGACUUUGUAAAAGUGAUAGUGUAUCAAAAAGAAAUAGAUGGGCCCGAUACGAUUGUCGGAAUUUCAGAAACUAAUCUGGUGGCUGGUAGUUACAAAAAUUCAGAUUGGACCACGCUAAAAGUGAAGUUACUUGGCUCUGAGAGUUUCAACGGUUAUUUCACAAUAUUUGGAAGAGCUUCAAUGGAUUCGUUAAUAGUUAUGGACGCCCUCAAAUACGAAUCACCCUUUUUAGCUAAUGAAAUAUGCGAAAUAUAUGCCCAUGAUGACGCUGACCCUGAUUCUGGAUCAACCGAAAAUUAUCCUGGUUCUUCUGACUCUAAUGAGUCUACUGUUGGCACUGUAUCUACUGAAAGUUAUCCUGGUUCUUCUGACUCUAAUGAGUCUACUGUUGGCACUGUAUCUACUGAAAGUUAUCCUGGUUCUUCUGACUCUAAUGAGUCUACUGUUGGCACUGUAUCUACUGAAAGUUAUCCUGGUUCUUCUGACUCUAAUGAGUCUACUGUUGGCACUGUAUCUACUGAAAGUUAUCCUGGUUCUUCUGACUCUAAUGAGUCUACUGUUGGCACUGUAUCUACUGAAAGUUAUCCUGGUUCUUCUGACUCUAAUGAGUCUACUGUUGGCACUGUAUCUACUGAAAGUUAUCCUGGUUCUUCUGACUCUAAUGAGUCUACUGUUGGCACUGGAUCUACUGAAAGUUAUCCUAGUUCUUCUGACUCUAAUGAGUCUACUGUUGGCACUGUAUCUACUGAAAGUUAUCCUGGUUCUUCUGACUCUAAUGAGUCUACUGUUGGCACUGUAUCUACUGAAAGUUAUCCUGGUUCUUCUGACUCUAAUGAGUCUACUGUUGGCACUGUAUCUACUGAAAGUUAUCCUGGUUCUUCUGACUCUAAUGAGUCUACUGUUGGCACUGUAUCUACUGAAAGUUAUCCUGGUUCUUCUGACUCUAAUGAGUCUACUGUUGGCACUGUAUCUACUGAAAGUUAUCCUGAUUCUUCUGACUCUUAUGAGUCUACUGUUGGCACUGUAUCUACUGAAAGUUAUCCUGGUACUUCUGACUCUAAUGAGUCUACUGUUGGCACUGGAUCUACUGAAAGUUAUCCUGGUUCCUCUGACUCUAAUGAGUCUACUGUUGGCACUGGAUCUACUGAAAGUUAUCCUGGUUCUUCUGACUCUAAUGAGUCUACUGUUGGCACUGGAUCUACUGAAAGUUAUCCUGGUUCUUCUGACUCUAAUGAGUCUACUGUUGGCACUGGAUCUACUGAAAGUUAUCCUGGUUCUUCUGACUCUAAUGAGUCUACUGUUGGCACUGUAUCUACUGAAAGUUAUCCUGGUACUUCUGACUCUAAUGAGUCUACUGUUGGCACUGUAUCUACUGAAAGUUAUCCUGGUACUUCUGACUCUAAUGAGUCUACUGUUGGCACUGUAUCUACUGAAAGUUAUCCUGGUACUUCUGACUCUAAUGAGUCUACUGUUGGCACUGGAUCUACUGAAAGUUAUCCUGGUACUUCCGACUCCAACGAGACUGAUCCUGAUUCUGAAUCUAACGAGAAUCCUGGCGCUGGAUGUGUCACUUACCAGUUCGGUCAAGAUUUCAACAGCUUAUUUUCGAAUGAUGGCGUUUGUAGAUAUUCCGCCAAUUGGUUACUGAGAAACUACACUUCAUUAACAAUAGACAGCCCUCACAAAAACAGUGUCUUAUGCAUAAUACCAGGCAACGGAUGGAGUUGUACAUCGUCAUUUACCUUCCCUAUGUCCGCCGGGGGUAUUUUAGAAGUGGAAGUAUACUUGGAGCCGUUUUCGGCGACAGACAGAGUGCUUGUAACAGUCUAUCAGAUAAAUUCACUUGGAACUGACUUGGUGGUUGGCUCAGCUGCAUCUGAUCGCCAGUUUGGAUGGAGCACUUUAAGGAUACAGUUGGCCGGGGACGGCGAUUACGAUGGACAGGUCACUAUAAUGGGACAAGUUGCUGUAAGAUCUUUGGUUAUAGUAGAUUCAUUUCGCUAUAUUCCUCCUACCGUUGAUGAAAGUCUUUGUAUCGUGUACGAUGAAACACCCGUUAUAUCUCCGACCACAGAAGCCAAUGAAGCUUCAACUACCCCCGAAGUAGAAGAACCAGAUUCGGAGGAGGAUGGAUGUGUCACUUACCAGUUCGGUCAAGAUUAUAAUACCUUAUUUUCGAGUGAUGGAGUUUGUAGAUAUUCUACCAAUUGGCUAUUGAGGAACUACUCAAUGUUAGCAAUAGACAGCCCUCACGAAGACAGUUUCUCAUGCAUAAUACCAGGCAAUGGAUGGAGUUGCACGUCGUCAUUUAUUUUCCCCAUGUCCGCCGGUGGUAUUUUGGAAAUGAAAGUAUAUUUGCAGCCAUUUUUGGCAGCAGACAGAGUGCUUGUAACAGUCUAUCAGAUAAAUUCACUUGGGACUGACUUGGUGGUUGGCUCAGCUGGAACUGAUCGCCAGUUUGGAUGGAGCACUUUAAGGAUACAGUUGGCUGGAGACGGCGACUUCGAUGGACAGAUUACAAUUAUGGGACAGGUCGCAAUAAGGUCGGUGGUCUUAGUAGAUUCAUUCAGGUACAUUCCACCCUCAUCGAAUGAAGAAAACUGUAAGAUUUACAACUAGUAUUUGUAAAACAAUGAUUCAUGCUAAGUUUCGUUCAUAUUGAUUUAUCUAUGACUUCAAAUACAUCGUGUUUUAACUA